GUGAGGUUCAAGCAAAUCGUGUGUUUUUGCAGUGUUUUCCUAGAAAGGGGGGGUUGAAAAAGAAAAACACUCUGCUCCCAUUGCAACGAUUCAGAUGCCUUCUGCUUUGAGCCAGAGGGACAACCCCUAAACCCCCGUUUAUACACGAGGGACAGACACGCAGACAUCUCCGUCAUCUCCCACUUCAUGAAAAAAGGACGCGUCUCGGUGAAGGUGACCAGAGAACCGACGCGGGAUCAUGGCAGCUACUUUGUCGGCGGAGGAAGAACAGGCCACCAGGCAGUUUCUGGAGGAAAUCAACAAGUGGACCAGUCAGCAUGGAGUGUCGCCGCUGUCCAGGGAAUUGGCCGUCAAGUUCCUCAUGGCUCGCAAGUUUGACGUCCUCCGAGCCAUCGAGCUAUUCCACAGCUACAGGGAAACGCGUCUUAAAGAAGGAAUCGUCAGACUUCAGCCUCAGGAAGAACCUCUGCGCUCUGAGCUGCUCAGCGGAAAAUUCACCGUGUUGAGUGUACGGGAUCCUUCGGGGGCCUCCAUCGCCUUGUACACGGCCAAACUGCACCACCCCAACAAGACAGGCAACCAUGUGGUGCUUCAGGCCCUCUUCUACCUCCUGGAUCGGGCCGUGGAAAGCUUUGAGACCCAAAGGAAUGGCUUGGUGUUCAUCUACGACAUGGCGGGCUCCAACUACACAAACUUUGAGCUGGACCUGAGCAAGAAGAUACUCAACCUGCUUAAGGGGGCGUUCCCCGCCAGGCUGAAGAAGGUGCUGAUUGUCGGGGCCCCUGUUUGGUUCCGAGUGCCCUACAAUCUGCUCAGCCUGCUCCUCAAGGAGAAACUGAGGGAGAGGGUUCAGAUGGUGAAAAUGGCCGAGCUGCGCCAACACCUCCCCAGAGACUGUCUCCCCCAGCACCUCGGCGGCCUGCUGCCUCUGGAGUCGUACAGCUGGAACCAGCAGCUGCUGGCGGGCCAGAACGGCCGGGUAGACCCGGUGGACGAGCUGGUGGGCAUUCCCGUGGAAGACGCCUCCAUUCACGUCCCGGGACCCGAGUCCAUGCGCCCGCAGGAGCUGCUGACUCACCUCGGCAGGCUUCAGCGCUCGGGCAUCCAUCAGGAGUACGAGGAGCUCCGUAAAGAGCCGCUGCCUGGAACCUUCCACUGUGCACAAUUAGCUUACAACCAGGAGAGGAAUCGCUAUGGAGACGUGCUGUGCCUUGAUCAAACAAGAGUUCGUUUGAAACCCAGAAGGAACGAGAGAUCCGACUACAUCAAUGCAAGCUUCAUGGACGGCUACAAACAGAGGAAUGCAUACAUUGGUACUCAAGGACCACUGGAAAAAACCUACGGGGACUUCUGGAGAAUGGUCUGGGAACAAAACAUGCUUGUUAUUGUCAUGACAACCAGGACAGACGAGGGCAGUCGGAGGAAGUGUGGACAGUAUUGGCCUCUGGAGGAAGGGGGGCAGGAGGUCUAUGGUCACAUGGCAGUGGUCAACCAAAGGGUGGACCACCACACCCACUACAACCACACCACCCUCGAACUGCACAACACUGAGACUUGUGAACAGAGACAAGUGAGUCAUUUCCAGUACCUCAGCUGGCCUGACUACGGCGUUCCCACCUCGGCAGUGACUCUCAUCGACUUCCUGGGAGCUGUGAAGAGACAACAGAGGAAAAUGGUGAAGGCUUUGGGACUCCAGUGGGCGGGCCACCCACAGGGACCCCCGAUGGUGGUGCACUGCAGUGCAGGGAUUGGGAGAACAGGUACCUUCUGUGCGCUGGACAUCUGUCUGUCCCAGUUACAGGACGUCGGCUCACUAAAUGUUUGCCAGACUGUGCGACGCAUGAGAACACAGAGGGCCUUCAGCAUUCAAACCCCGGACCAGUACUACUUCUGCUACAAUGCCAUUUUGGAGCAUGCCCAAAGGCAGGGCCUGCUCCCGGCCAAUCAGUGAGCUUCAGCCCCGACUUCCCCCAAUUAAUCCACGAGCCCUGAGAUUUCUGCAGUCAAUCUGUUAACCCCAAACUGUGUUGUGUGACCAAUUUGUGAGACCGGGACCGGGUCUUUUGAAACUAGGGCCGUUCUUCAUUGGCAGGUCGACCAAGAUAAGACAAGACGGUGACAAGAAAAAGGCUUGAGAGGUGACAUCAUGAUGUUUCAGUGUGAUAACAUUCUCGCUUCCAACAAUGUGACAUUUUGUUUGUGCCGAACAUAUCUCAGACAGUACGUGGUGACGUGAACAAACUGCUCCUGUGCUGUGCAGGUUUGUGGUCUGUGGUCGGGCACAUUGGGUGCAGUGAUCGAGGUAAUGUUCAUUAACCUUUUUGUAUAUUUAUUUACCACUUCAAACCAACGGUUUAGGGGACCUUAAAGGAGUAGUUCACCCCAAAAUAAAAAUGUAAUCAUUAUCCACUCAUGCCAUAUUGAUUUUAAUUCCACUAAACUUUGUAUGACUGCAAAUAAAUAUGACUUUGAAUUGCAUUUCAGUCAAAGUCAGUCAGGUUAACAUGGCAAUUGUGCACCAAAAAGGUUACUUUUCUCCUCACAGCUGCUGGGGUUUAUAUUUUAAUUUUUUUUAAUAGUCAAAUAAAUGCCCCAUAGGCAUAAUUACUGAACACAGACAAUAUCUUGAUCAGAUGCAUGAAGUAAGCACAAAAACAUAAUAUAACAGUUUUGAAAAGAUCUGAGAUGGAACCACAGUAGCUAUCUUAUCGGUUUUUUUUCUAAUAUAAAUAUACAAAUUGUAUUUAUUGCAAUCAUAAGUAACAUAGACGAAAGUACGACUGUUUUCAUUUUGGGGUGAAAUGAGCCUUUAACUAUGUAAACCCAUUUUUUAAAUUCCAAAUAGGGAGCUUGAUCUCAACUGUCAUGCGACAAUAAUGGAUUUUAAGUGAGCUUAAUAGUUUUUACACCUCCUGUGUCCAGGAAUUAUUGAGUAGUGCAUUUUAAGCACAUGGUUAAUGUCACGUAGAUGGUACGAGCUAGUCUCAGGAGUGUCAUACUGAACACGAGGAGGGGAAACUGCUCAAAACAGUUUAGUCAGAAAGUCUUUUGUCAAGAAGUUGUUGUUAUUCCUUUUGAAGUUGCAUGAUGCAUUCUCCUCUGCCUUAGAAAAAAAAAAAAGAAAAAAAA